UAGAGCGUCAAACGGUUCAAAGAGGAAGGAAGAUGGCGGAUAACAAAGGCGUAGGGGAUACGGAAAGCUCUGCGAACAUGGAUCCAGCACCUCAGGGAGAGGACAGCGGAGACCCCCCAUCGAAAGAAGCCGAUGCAGUUAUUGUUAUAGAACCAGCUACGAAGGACGAAGAGGACGGUCAGUCGCAGGAGAAUGUUUCCGAAGCGCCGACACCCACCAGCGCAGGAGGCGAUGGUGGUGGUGGCAGCAGCGCUGGAGGAGGCGGAGACGGUAGUACCAGCAGUAGCCCGACCGGGAACGCCAAUCCUGAAACUACGGAGCCCGCUAUUUCAGGGGAGGUUGUCGGGACUUCACCGGCUCCUAUCACAGACAUGUCGCCUCCACCAGUAGCCCCAACAGCCACCCCAUCUGCCCCAAUAAACCUCCUAGAUACGUGCUAUGUCUGUAAACAAAGUCUUCAGAACCGCGACUGUGAACCUAAACUCCUACCUUGCCUCCACUCGUUCUGCCUGCGAUGUAUUCCGCAGCCCGAAAGGCAGAUUAGUGUACAGGUGCCGGGCCCCCACGGACAGGACACCCACAUAGUGAACGUCAUGCGCUGCUCGGUGUGCCUCCAGGAUUACAAACAGAGUGACAUCGUGGAUAACUACUUCGUCAAAGACACCUCGGAGGCCUCCAGCGGGUCGGACGAGAACUCCUCCCAGGUGUGCACCAGCUGCGAGGACAACGCCGGGGCGGUGGGCUUCUGCGUGGAGUGCGGGGAGUGGCUGUGCAAGACCUGCAUCGAGGCGCACCAGAGAGUCAAGUUCACCAAGGACCACAAGAUCCGCAAGAAGGAGGAGGUGUCCUCAGAGUCGGUGGGGCCGUCGGGUCAGCGGCCCGUCUUCUGCCCGGUGCACAAGCAGGAGGCCCUCAAGCUCUUCUGCGAGACAUGCGACACCCUCACCUGCCGGGACUGCCAGCUGCUGGAACACAAGGAGCACAGGUACCAGUUCCUGGAAGAAGCCUUCCAGAACCAGAAGGGCAUCAUCGAGACCUUCAUGGCCAAACUGCAGGAGAAGAAGAAUUACGUUCACUUCUCAGCGUCUCAGGUGCAAAGCAGGAUCAAAGAGGUGAACGAAACUCACAAGAAAGUGGAGCACGAGAUUAAGAUCGCGGUGUUCACGCUCAUCAACGAGAUCAACAAGAAGGGCAAGUCCCUGCUGCAGCAGCUGGAGAGCGUGACGAAGGAGAGGAGCAUGAAGCUGCUCAGCCAGCAGCGGGACAUCAACAUCCUGGCACAGCAGAUCCUGCACGUGCUGUCCUUCACCCACUGGGCCAUCAGCAACGGCAGCAGCACCGCCUUACUGUACAGCAAGAGACUGAUCACGUAUCAGCUGCGGUACAUCCUGAAGGCUCGGCUGGACCCCGUGCCCCAGGCCAACGGGGCGGUGCGCUUCUUCUGCGACCCCACCUUCUGGGCCAAGAACGUAGUGAACCUGGCAGGUAACCUGGUGAUCGAGAAGAUGCCCCCGUCGGUGCACCCGCCGAACGUGAUGGUGGGGCCCAUCUCGCCGGGGCACGGGCACGGGGGCAAGCACCCGGGCCAGAUCAACCUGGCGCAGCUGCGGCUGCAGCACAUGCAGCAGGUCGCCUUCGCGCAGAAGCAGCAGGCGCAGCAGCAGCAGGCGCAGCAGCAGCAGCAGCACGCGCAGCAGCAGGCGCAGCAGGCGCAGAUCCAGCAGCAGAUGCGCAUCGCCUCGCAGAUGGCCUCCCAGCACCCCCGGCAGGGGGGGCCGCAGAUGGUCCAGCAACAGCCCCCGAGGCUCAUCAGCAUGCAGGCCCUGCAGAGGGGCGGAGUGAACGGCUCCUCACACAUGUUCCCCUCGCACCACCUGCGCAUGCCCCCGGGACAGGGCCGCAUGCAGACCGCGCAGCCGCGACACAACGGCCAGCAGUACCCCAUGAUGCAGCCGCAGCUACAGAGACAGCAUUCGAACCCGGGACACGCCGGGCCCUUCCCGGUGGCCUCCCUGCACAACGUGAGCGCCGCCAACCCGACCAGCCCCACCAGCGCCAGCAUGGCGAGCGCGCACGCACACCGCGGCCCCGCCAGCCCCAUCGUCAGCGCCAUCGAGCUCAUCCCCUCCGUGACCAACCCCGAGAACCUGCCCUGCCUGCCGGACAUCCCUCCCAUACAGCUGGAGGACGCCGGCUCCAGCACCCUGGACAACCUGCUGAGUCGCUACAUUUCCACCAGCGCACACCCACAGCUCAAUCCCAUCACCAGCAUGAACCCGUCGCCUGGGCCUUCCACACACUCGCCGGGCUCCUCAGGUUUGUCGAACUCUCACACCCCCGUCAGGCCCUCGAGCACGUCCAGCACGGGGAGCAGGGGCAGCUGCGGGUCUGCGGGGAGGGCGGGGCCCACCUGCACGGCUGUGGAGCAGCAGGUGAAGGUGAAGCAGGAGCCGGGGGUGGAGGAGGACUGCGGCUUCCCCGGGCCCACGGUGAAGCUGGAGCGGGGCAAGGAUGGGAGGCGGAGCGCCUGCAUGAUGAGCAGCCCAGAGAGCAGUGUGACGCCUCCCCUGCCGGUGCUGGGCGCCGUGUCCUCCGGGUCCGUGCAGGACGUCCUGAAGACCCUGGGGGAGCAGGUCAAGUCCGAGCCGCACGACGAGGUGGGGGCGUGCAGCCGGGUCGGGCCGCAGAACAGCCAGCCGCCGGCGCCCCCGCCCCCCGCCCCGGCGAAGGAGACCACGCCCGAGACCCCCGCCCAGGCGCUGACCAACGGCGACUCCGCCCCGGGGGCCGCCCGCCCGCCCGGGGGGGCCUCCUCCACCCACCGCUCCCCGCGUGGAGGCGGCGGCGGCGGCGGUGGGGGCUCAGGGGCGCAGGGGAACAGCCACGGCUCGGCGGCGGGAAAGGACGACGACCCGAACGAGGACUGGUGCGCCGUGUGCCAGAACGGCGGCGAGCUGCUCUGCUGCGACCGCUGCCCCAAAGUCUUCCACAUCACCUGCCACAUCCCCACCCUCAGCUGCUCCCCGAGUGGGGAAUGGAUGUGCACCUUCUGCCGAAACCUGACCAAGCCAGAAAUGGAGUAUGACUGUGACACCGCGCCGGAGGGCAAGAAGGGCAAGAAUGACAAGGGCCUGAGCCCUGAAGACCUCAGGAGGUGUGAGCGCCUCCUGCUGUACAUCUUCUGUCACGAGCUGAGCGUGGAGUUCCAGGAGCCCGUCCCCUCCUCUGUCCCCAACUACUACAAGAUCAUCAAGCGGCCCAUGGACCUGAACCUGGUGAAGAGGAAGCUGGGGCAGUGCCACGCGCAGCACUACCAGAGCCCGCAGGAGUUUGUGGCCGACGUGCGCCUGGUCUUCACAAACUGUGCCAAGUACAACGAGAUGUCUCGAAUAAUCCAAGUUUAUGAUGAGGAGAAACAGAUUAAUGUCCAGGCUGACUCGGAGGUGGCCGAGGCGGGCAAGGCGGUCAGCCUGUACUUCGAAGAGAGGCUGAAGGAGCUGUACCCGGACCAGGACUUCCCCCCAGCCCCCGAGGCCGAGGGGCGGGACGAGGUGCGGCCCGAGGGGCAGGCCGAGGGGCGGGCCCCGGAGGAGGAGGACGACGAGGUCACCGAGGACUCGGACGACGACUUUGUGCAGCCGCGGCGCAAGCGAUUAAAAACGGACGACAAGCGCCUGCACAUCAAGUGAAGCCCGCUACGUUUUCGGCGGGAAAUGGUAGAAUGGGGAAAUGGAGAUGUAUAAAAGAGAUGGUCUGUCUUCCCCCCACCCCCCCCCCCCACCCCCAUCCCUACCUCCCUCCCUUCCCCCCCUCCCCCACAUCACCUCCGCUAUCUGAUCGGACUGAGAUAAUCCAGUGCAGGAUUCAGUUGUUUUACAGAUUAUUUAAUUCCAUGUUUCCCCCCCUCCCCUCUGUUUAAAGUACCAAUAAAACAACAUGAAAUGGGCAUACUGGACUGUGGAAAUGGUGAAGAGUUGAAGACUUACUGGGAAGGACUGCAUUUCCUCCACCAAGGAAAUCCUCUUACCUACUCUAGAAGAAACCGCUUGUACAGAUUUUAAAGAAAGUUGUUUUGGUAGUUAAAUUAAUAUCUGGUUAUUUCUCUUUUUUUUUAUUCUCAGUUAUGACAAUGUUUGUAAAUCUGUUGUGAACUAUGCUUUAUAAAAGAUCUGAACCUCCCAUCUCCCAAUAUCUCGAUGUACUAUAAAAUUUAACACAAAUUACCUGCCAGGUAUUUGUAUGUGUUUGUUGAUUUUUUUUUUUUUUUUUGAUGUAAAUAAUGGAACCAAACUGAGAAAGCAAGUGGCUGCAGUGGAAAGUAAUCCCAUCAAUGUUUGGCCAUUCAUUUAAAUAAACAUUGUUCUUCAA